CUUGAACCCACCGUGUUGUAAACAAAUCGUUUGGUUCGUUUCUUAUUGGAUGUGGUGCGAAAGUAAAUUAUUUUUUACAAAAUGCCAAUCGUUAACGACCCGGAGUUGCAAGUUAAAGUGAAAAAGACAUCCGAAAAGAUAUCGGAGAAUAUGCAUAUCAUAGCAAACGAACCGAGUUUGGCAUUCUACCGUAUACAGGAGCAUGUACGAAAGGUGAUUCCGCUGAUUGUUGACCGUCGGGGAGAAGUGUACCAGCUGCAGCAGGAUCUGCAGGGAAAAUGUUACGAUAUGGAGUACGCCAUCAGUGCCAUCAAAGAGAUUGAAGCAGCGGACCAGUCGUUGAAAAACAUCCAGGAAUCACUGAAGAAUGCCAUUUUUCUAAAGCAGCAGCUGAAGUAUGUCGAGUCACGACGACCGAAAAAGGACUCUAAUAGCUCCGUGUAUAAGCGACUUUCAGCGCACAUAACGCUGGACCUACCGGAUUUACCGGACAUUUCCGGUGUGGUUCGUGAAACUACCAACCGGGUGGAGCACAUGAUGUCGCAAGCGAGAAGCUCAUCCUCCAAUAGUUCCGGUGCAGCACCGGCGGAAUUGCAGCGAUCGUACACUACGCUGCAUUAAAUGGUGCCUCUCUUCGUGAAGGCGACAGCGAUUUUUAUUUCUGUGAUUUUUUAUGUUUGAUUUAAGUUGUUUGACUGAUUUUACAAGCAGUGGAAAAAUAAAGCGAAAUGUAUGGAGAUUUA